AUUCAUUGAUAAAUUUGGUUCGCAACAGUUGCGUCCGUUGAUGAGCUAGUAAUUUCGGAUCCAGCGCCAUGAAGAGUACCGGCACAAUUUUUCUUCUUGCUCUAGCCGUGGUCAACGGUUUCCGGUUGAGUUCCAACAACCUCGACCUAAACUCAACACAACCUUUCAUAACCGGAGGAACCAAUGCCGUCCUGGGUCAGUUCCCCUCGGUUGUGGCCAUCUCAAUACCAGGUCCCAUCUCCAAUGCCUUCUGUGGCGGGGUGAUCUUGAAUGCCAACCACAUCCUGACAGCUGCAAGAUGCGUUCUAACCGAGCAAAACACGCUCCCGUAUCCCUAUCAGGUGACCGUCUUUGCCGGUGAUCUUCAGAUCAACUUCAAUGGUCCCAGAACCACCAUAUCUGCCGUCUACGUACAUCCCCAUUACAACCCGUUCAAGUUCGACCACAAUCUGGCGGUUCUCCGAACUACUACCGACCUAGUUCCACCGGCAGUUCCAAUCCCCAACCUAGAUCACGCCCAACUCUAUGAAGACAUCGCCUUCGACGGUAUGACCUGUUCCGUGGCCGGUUGGAGCGAUAACGUAGCACAACCUCUCCAGCAGUUCAUCACAGUACCAAUCCUGAACCGGGACACCUGCAACGGACUGGAAGUUCAUCUGGGUCGUAUCUCGGAAACGAUGAUGUGUGCCGGAGCGACCAAUCAGGGUCCCGGGGUUUGUAACACCAACGUAGGCACCGGGUUGUUCUGCGAGGGACGCCUAGCAGGCAUUCUGUCGACUGGGUUGGGAUGCGGUACAACUCUACAUCCAGGCGUUUACAUGCAGGUGCGGCACUAUUUGCCCUGGAUUCGGGAACAGUUCGAUCGGCAGGACAUUCCCGAGGGCGGAACGUCACCCAUUCCAGUCUGGUAGGAUUUGUAGGUUUGACUGAAACUCAAAUUUAAAGAAGGUUUUAUUUAUGGCUCAGAACCCUGUUUUAAUAAACUUACAACAACAUCAACAAAGAAACAG